CAAUUGCAAGUACAAAUUCCUGUCUCAAAAAUCUACUACACCUUUCAAGUUUCAAGAGUUUUUAUCAAAUGGCCAAUCUCUCAUUCUUGAUGUCUCUAUUAGCUCUUUCACUUUCACUUGUCUUUGCAGUUGAUCCUAGCAAUCUCCAAGAUUUUUGCGUGGCAAACUCAAUAGACCAAGGGAGUUCAACAUGCAAGGAUCCUAAACUUGUUGAGGCAAAUGACUUCUACUAUAGUGGCCUUCACAUAUCAGGCAACACUUCUAACUCUGUUGGGUCUAAAGUAACUCCAGUCUUUGCAUCUCAGCUACCAGGAUUAAACACACUAGGGAUCUCAGUGGCUCGCGUUGAUAUAGCAGCAUGGGGAAUUAACCCUCCUCAUACACACCCUCGUGCUACUGAAAUAUUUACUGUUCUUGAAGGCACCGUAGAAGUUGGAUUUAUCUCUUCAAACCCAGAAAACCGCCACUUCAGAAAAGUUCUACAAAAGGGAGACGUGUUUGUGUUUCCUAUAGGGCUCAUUCACUAUCAACGAAAUGUUGGAUAUGGUAAAGUUGUUGCCAUUGCAGCUCAUAAUAGCCAGAAUCCAGGAGUUAUCACUAUUGGCAAUGCAAUAUUUGGGUCAACACAUCAGAUCGCUAAUGAAGUGCUCGCUAGAGCUUUUCAAUUGGACAGAAAUACCAUAAAUUAUUUGCAAUCAAAGUUUUAGAAUAUUGGGAAUGAAUUAAAUUAUGUUGCUUACUUUGUCGUAUGUUUUAUUAUUUAUUUGUUGGACUCAUUUCUUGUGUAUUGUAUUAUCAUCGAUGAUUAUUUGAUUCUUAUCUUGAAGUGGACAUAUAUAUUGUUUCUUUUUAUUUUUCCUA